CCUAUUACAGAGAAAUAAGGCUCAAUAUCGUACGCGAAUGUAAUUCACUUACCGCAAAUGGUGUAGCCGUUUAAUUGGUAGUAUUUUGUUUGUGAUUCACCAGCCAGUUACGUUUAGACCAGCGACAGUGUCACAUCACUAUUAUUGUUCUUUUUAAAUUUAUGUUUUUUUUUUACUUUUUUAAACCAAAUGUGGCGUGCAUUUUGAGACAUACAGCUUGUGAUGGUAACUGUGACAAGUGUUGUGUUAAGUUUGAUCAAUUUGAAUAAAAGUGUUGUUUAUUACUUUAUUAGUGAAGUGUUUAGAAGUUUUUAAAUGAUGUUAACGGUAGCACGACAGAUCUUACACCAACACUAAUAGGCAUAUACGACUCCUUGCUAGAACCCAAAAGCCUAAGACCAGAAGCUAGCGCUCUAGAGAAGGCUAAAGACGCAAGAAAUGACCCACCAGUAGACCUCAUGAUCGAAGAAACGCCUAAAGAUCCCUCCAAGAUGGUAGGCAGUGUCAAACUACCCAUAGCAUCAGUUAACAAAAGUUCUUUAUACAAACGUUGCAAUGGUGAAAGUGAUACCAGUGAAAAAGUACAAAGGACGUUUAAAGAUAAAGUUUCAGAGACAUCUACAUUUGAUCAUUUAUCGCCGAAUGUCAAAAGAAUGAUCUCAAGUGCAACAGAGACUACUACGUUAAAGUUUCAAAGGAAAGGGAAUAACGCUAGAACUUCUACUAGACAACGAUCGAAUAUACCUCUGUUUGGAGCGACAUCGAAGCUUACCCAGUCAGGUGUUGAUAUCUUAGAUUCUGUAGAAAUUUACGAUCAACCUUGUGGUAUAAAGAACUCUGGUAAAAAAGUUGAAGAAGAAUCUCCAUCGAAACUACCUUUAAAGCCUGAUUUUAGAAUAGAUGAACAAACAACAUACGAUGUCCCAACGAAUAAUAGACCAGCAAUUUACGAUGUGCCUGUAGGAAAUAAGACAGCAUUCGAAUCUCUAUCAUUACCAUACAUCGACCAAUCUAUUGAGCUCUCUAUAUCUUCAAACGAUAGAGAAUUCGAUAUUAAACUGUCAUCAAAAGACAACUCCCCUCAAAAACCAGCAAAGACCGAAGUGCCUUCAGAUACAUUCCCAAAUGGAACCAAUAGUUUAAAUAGAAAAGACUUUGUUAGUAAGAGUGAGAGUCCGUCAAAAUUAGCCAAAAGUGGUCCUUAUCCCGAGGCAGUAGGAUCGACUGGUAAUUUGAAAACGAUACCAACGAAAGAAACAUUGCAUCCACCGCCUAUAGAAGUGACUAGACCGCUCUCUAUGAGUUCCAUUGCUUCUUCUAGCUCAACCUCAAGUAGUGGUGUCCAGAAUAAAGGAGGAGUGAACUCUGCGUAUUUGGCAUCUAUCGAAAGUUUGGAUGAUCAUAGUGAUGCUGAUAUGGCUUCGGCGAACGGUAGCAAUAAUUUUGUUAAUAGUGCGGGAAUUUUGAACAAAGGUGCGACAGAGGAGAGGCACUCGGAGACGAUACCACGCCAAUCCUGGAACGAGGUGUCAGGGCUGUCGCAGUUGGAGCGCGUGUGCGCAGAAAUCGUGCAGACGGAGAAUGUCUACGUUGAGGACCUGCGACAAGUUGUUGAGGGCUAUCUGCAUGAGUGGCGCCGUUUCACCACGUUCUCUGAAGAUGAGCUGACAGAGCUUUUCAACAAUAUAGAGGAUAUCUACAACUUCAACAGAUCCCUCUGCGAAGAGCUGAACACCUGCCGCCUCGACGCCACCAGCAUCGCCCGCUGCUUCGUCAACAACACUUCUGGCUUCUCCGUGUACACAUCUUAUUGCACCGGCUACCCCCGCACCAUGGCUCGUCUGGCAGCGCUGGCUGGCAAGAGCCAGAGUGCCAGGGAGUUUAGGGAGAGGCAACUGGCUUUGGGACAUCCGCUGCCGUUGGCGAGCUAUUUAUUAAAGCCGGUGCAGAGGAUAUUGAAGUAUCAUCUGUUGCUACAGAGCGUAGUGAAGCAAUGUGCGACAAGAGAGACGGAGUUCGCUCUAAUGCAGAUGACGGACAUUGCGCAACACAUCGACGACAUGAAGAGGAGACACGAACACGCUGUCAGAGUACAGGAGAUACAAUCGCUCCUGUACGGCUGGACUGGACCGGACCUGACCACGUACGGGGAGCUGUGUGCCGAAGGGACAUUCAGAGUAUUCGGCGCGAAGGCGAUGCGGCACGCCUUCCUCUUCGACAAAAUGCUGCUCGUGACGAAGAACCGUGAAGACGGCAUCCUUGCAUACAAGUCACAUAUCAUGUGCAACAACAUGAUGCUGGUGGAAUCGAUCGCGGGCGCCCCUCUCUCCUUCCACGUCAUCCCGUGGGACGCGCCGCGCGCGCAACUUACACUGCAAGCGAGGUCGCCAAGACACAAGCGAGAAUGGACCUUAUUACUGAAGCGGGUAAUAUUGGAGAACUACAAUGCAGUGAUCCCGUCCCACGCGAGACAACUCGUCAUGGAGCUCGGACAGAAUAAAACUGACGAUGACAUGCUGGCAGAAAAGUCUCACAACCUAAUAACGCAAGCGUCGAUGAGGAAACAACUUUCUGCCCCGGAAUACCUCGAGAAACGGAAGCUAGAGCGAGAGAGAAGAAAAUCCUUCGAGAACGGAGUGAGAGGCAGAAUGAAGAAGAACAUGAAAUACAGCGUGCCUAACAACAGAACUGGUACUCAAGACUGUGACUGCGCACAGGUAUCUUUAGAGAAAGGGACGGACUAUACAUGCGAUAGCUGUUAUAUAGAUCUCUGCUCUGAUUGUGAAGCAGAAAUGUCCAAAAAAGAUAAAGAUUGUAGCUGUAGCCAUGAUGAUGGUAAAGAAAAAUGCCCGGAAUGCGACAGAGCAUUACAGUACAUUGAUUCAGGAAGCGCUGAACAUUUAGAAAGAAAACAAUCUGUUUGCAAAUGCUCCGAUUUCAAAUCCUCUCAAGAAAGCUUUGCGAAAGAAUACAACGGUUCUUUGAAUAAAAUCAGAGGAUAUCAUUCUUCUGAUAAUAUCGUAGGUUACACUGACGCUAAAAGUAAAGAUGAUCUUAGCGACACUAAUAACUCAUUAGUAAACGUUAGGAAUAUACCUAAAUCGUGUCUAAAAUGCGCGAAGAUCAAAGAAAAUAUAGUGACCGAUUCAACUAGUACUAUACAUUCGAGGAAAUCUAGGUGUAAUGAGAAUGACAAACACAAGACAGACACAUUAAGGUCCAAGUCUAAAGAAGAUCCUCAACGAUCUAAAUUGUCUAAAAUAGGAACGUGGAGACGAAAGUCUGAACCUGGUUUACAACAAAACACAGGUAUCAUGAUCAAGAAAAACAUGGAUAGUGAUACUGAUAGAAACGAAGGGAAAGGCACAGAAAAGAUAGAAUUUGAAUGUCGUAACUGUGGUUCGAAUAAAAUCACAAGAAAAGCAAAGAAUAGUGAAGGUGUUAUCAUAUCGGACCCUGAAGUUGAUGCUAGAAAGGGCAGUAACACUAGUUUGAAACCAACGAUUGAAAUAAAGAUGUACAACACAAAGAAAGUACCAAAGAAAAUAUCGAAAUUAAAGAAAAACAGAGCAAAUGGAUUACGAUUAGGGUCUGACACUACAGCUAAGUUCUAUGCUGAUUUUUCAACAGACGUGUCCACUGAAAAUAUUUUACACAUUUCUGAAUCUACUGACAGUCUGAAUGUUGAUAAAUCCAAGGACAGUACACCUAGUUCAGUUGUGCCAGAAACUAUAAGUAAAGACGAAGACAUUGACGAAGAAACGUAUAAAAAGUUAAUAGAAAAGACAGAUUCUUUUAAAAAGAACGAACUAGAGAAAGUCAAGUAUUUAAACAAGCAGAAAGUAAUAAAUGAAGGGUCUGAAACUGAAGAAAAGGUUGAAACAAGAGAAGACGUCCCGAGUGGUGAGGAUGCAGAACAACCUCUGGAGCAAAUAAUAUCGCAACUAUUGAUGCAAAAUCGGGAGUUCCAGAAGUUAUUAAAGAAACAACAGCUAAGAAACAGUGCUCAAAGAAGGCACCAGAGACUACUUAAGUCGCAUUCAAAUCCUGAACAGCCAGUAAAUAAACCUAAAUAUUGCCGGCAAACUUCUGAAACUUUACUAGUAAGUAAAGACGAACCUGACGUACAAGUAUUAAGUCCUCCCAAUGAAGUGAAUGAUGCAUCCGAUGAUGAUCAUAUUUAUGAGACUUUAAGAGUAGAAAACAAAAUUGACGAUGGUUUACAUACAUUAAACUCUAAAAGUAAAUCUAUUCAGCAUACUUCUCAUGUUCCCAGGCCAAAAAGAAUACCUUCACCGCCAAAUAAUGUCCCCACUAAAGUAAAGAAUGUAGAAUCAGAUUACGUUUACCUUUCUUUUGAUAAACUGAACAAACUACAAGACAGUGAAGGCAUAUAUGACGUACCUGUCAAAUCUCCUGAAAAGGUCAAAUCUCAAACAGAUGAAUGUUAUGAGACAAUGGAACAUCGUGGUCCUACCAUCGAUAAUAGUACUGAAAAUCUUUAUGAUAGCUUAAUGGAAAUCUGUAGAAGAAAGAAAGAGACACCAAACACAGUACCCGGGGAUUACUUGCCUAUGAGUCCCGACCAGCAAAGUCCUAAUACACCAGAGAUUUGGCUUAGUCGACAAAAAGAACAUUUCAAUGUAUCAAGAGACAGAAAAUCAGGUUCUUUGCCAAGGAGCUUUCAAGUUAUAACAAAUAAUCAAGAGGAAAAUGCGUUAAGCUCAUUCAAAUGUAAACCUAACAGUAACAGUAAAACGUAUUUGAAUAGAGAUGGAAAAGUUAUGAGUACAGAUAGACCAUUCACGAUCGCAUCAGACAAAAGUGAAAUUAGUUACGACGAUGUUGAAAAUUACAUGAGUGAAGGAGACAUACUUAAAUUCAAUAAAACUACUAACUCUAAUGACAGUGAUUAUGUGCAAAAUAUCAGUCAAUCUACAUUAGAACUAGAACAAGAAAUAGACAAGUGUUACAAAAACAAUUUCGAAAAGGAUCUCGAUGCUAAUAAAAAUGAAAAUUUGCUUACUGUUUCUCAGCCAAACUUGAAUACAUCUACUACGUCAUCAUGUGAAGUAUUACCAUUAGAAAGCAAUGAUGAUAAGAAAGAAAUUGAUGUUAUUCACCCGGAACAUAAGAUUUACAAACCAACUAGCAAUAUGUUGUCUCUUAAAAAUGUUUUAAGUCGUUUUAAGAAUAGGUCACCUCCGAAAAAUACUGAAGAAGAAAUUAACGCUAAUGAUCAAAGUAGUCCAGAAAUUAAAACGGACGCAAAGAGUCCUACGAGUGAAAAGCGACCGGGCUUAAAUCCAAGAAGUUAUUCCAAAAACCUUUUACAAAGGUUUAGAAGUAUUAUAGGCGACGAACAUGCAGACGACAAUCAAAAUAGGACUGAAACUAAGAAAAUCACUGAUGAUAUAAAUAAUUCAGUGAAAACAGAUAUAAAAGUAGUGAUCACUUCAACAGAUGCCAGUCCCACGACAUCUACCGUAGUGUAUUCUGCCAGCAAUGAUCCUAUGAGUAAAAGUGUCUAUGAGCAAACUACUUUGACAGAAAGUCAAAACGAAAAGAACAAUUUAGAGACUUUGUCCCACAGCUGUGACAAUAUUCCACAGAAACCAGAAGUAAUCAGACCAAAUUACGAAAAGAGCGUAAGUUUGGUGACUAACAUAUCAAAUGCAUCUUCUCCGUCCAAAUCUACUAGUAAUUCCUAUCAGAGCUUAAAUAAACUACCAAUUUAUAUGCAAGGAAGUAAACAUUUAGGGGCCAGGAUAGCACAACGCGAAUAUGCAGAUCCAGUCACGUUAGUAAAAGAAAAAUCUGCCUUAAAGAAUGUUAAUGUACUCAUUAAUAAAAACGCCGUUAGACCUGACAGUUUAUUUUCAAAUUCGUCAUUUGUUACUACGUCUAGUGAAAGUGCAGAUCAAGAAUUAAAGCAAGAAGCUAAAAAGGAUAACAAUAAAGAUAAAUCAAUUAAUGCAAAUUCAGAUGAGAGUUUCUACGAAAAGUCAUUUGAGAAAAUAGAACAUGUGGUUGAUGAAGAUGUUUAUAGGGAUUCAGCUGUGUAUUCCGACCAAGAAGAAGUGGAAGAAUCUAAAAAUGAAUCGUCUGAAGUAAAAUCGGUUAGCAAAUCUGUUUCGAGAAUAGAAAGUAUCAAACACAGUUCCUCAUUCAGAGCACAAAGGGUAACUGUGACAUCUAGUGUUUGUAAUACUAAAGCUACAGUAGCAAAGAAAAUCCCUGAAGCUAAAACUAAAAUAGAACAAAAAGUUGUCGAUAAAGAUAAGCCAAAGGCACCUCCUGUUCCAGUCAAACCAAAAAUUACUAACAUCCCUACAGCCAUGGUUAAAAAUGUCACCAUAAAUAAAAAUAACCUACUCAAAAAUCAAGAUCAGUCCUCAUCAUCAGAGUCAGUUAACAUGAAAACGAUUCGUAGAAACACUAGUUACAUUCACAAACUAAAAUCUGAAACAACAGAACAAAAUACCGAAGGCAAAGUCGAUGUUAAAGUAAAUGAAGACGCUAAAGAAGAAACUGAUGGCUCUGGAAUACCUAAGCCAACAGGUAAUAUACAAAUCAAGAGACUAAGUUUUGAGAGAGCAAGUCUCGACUCGGCAACGAGGAAAAUAAGGACCAACGAAACAAAACGUACGUCAGUGGAGCCACAAAAAACAUCAAAGAGUGUUCUUGAGAGGCGAAUGGAGAUAGAAAUGAUGUCGAAAAGCUUGACGAAGCAAAGUCAGAUAGCGAAGAAGCCAGCAGCAAAACCUAAACCGAUUUCUACUAAAGUUGCGAGUUUCGAACGAAGCGUAAGCGAAGUUAGAGGCUCUAAAGUUACUAGCUUUGAAAGAAGCGUGAGUGAGGCUAAGAACGAAGUAGUUGAGGCUACAGUUCCGAAUGAAGGAAACAGGGAAGAGAGUAAAACAGAACUUAGCGAUGAUCCGAAAAGUAGUUGGGUGAAGCAGGUUGUUAAUAAAUUCCAAUGAGCUUAUUUUGCUGAGCACCAUAAAAUGAAUUCGUUCUUGAGAAGCACAAAAUUUUACAAAUGAGUAUAGUAAUUGCAAAUCGAUUUAGUUUCGUGCAUUAAGUAUGUACUUGACAGAAUUGUAAAUGCGUUUGAAAGUAUGCGAGUAUUUUGACAAUAUAACGAAAAAAAAAUUUUGUUAUUAAAAUGUCAUGAAUGUUAAAAGUGUCAAGUUUUUAGUGCUCUAAACAGAAUACUAAAACGAGUUAGCAGUUAGCGAUUGUUAAACGCAAAUUUUCGAAAAACAACUACUCAUAUUUUUUCGUCAAAUAAGUUGAUAUUUUAGUAUUUUCUCUCCUUUAUUAACGUAAUGUAUUGUAUUUAACGUCCGUCUGGUUUUGUACACCACUUUAUAAACCCAUUAUACAUGUAGAAGUACCUCUAGAUGUAAGCGUAAUUGUUGAUUGUAAAUAUUUUAACUAUCAAACCUCCCUGAGCUUUGAUAUCUUGUGCCAUAGACAAGAGAAUAUAAUUUAGUUUAUAUUUUAUCUGUAUUCUAUACUCUAUGCACAAAAUAACGGACACGCACAAAGAGGCAGCGUCGAAAUUUAUGACGAAAAAUUAUCAUAUGACAUUGAUUGACACCUGCUAUAUAUUUGUGCAAUUUUUUUAAUAUCUUAUGCUCCCUAUGUAAAUAAAUUUGUUAAAAUGCUUAUUUUGCUAUGUAUUUAUUCAAAAGUGCCAUUGCAAAUGAUAUCUCAUUAGGUAUAUACACAAAAUUAAUAUUUUCCGUGCAAUUUGAUUAACGAUUUACUUAAAAGUAUUUAUUUUUUUAUAGAUUUAGUUUUUGUUGUAGUUACUAACACCAAAAAGUAGAUUUUGUUUAUAGUAUUAUUUUCACUAAUUUUUUUACGAUACGUUACUGUUCGACCUUCGACAUUAGUUUGUUAAUUUCAUUUUCGUGUAUUAGUACAUUGUCAUUGUCAUUUUGUUUUAAUAGAAGUAUUGUAAGACAUUUUCUGAAUGUUAUACUUAAUUUGUCGAGACUGCUAGGAAGAUAAGACUAUAAUUUUAUCAAUUAACAAUUUUUAACCCUUAUCAAACUAAAAUAAUCAGAAAUAUAUGAACUUCUCCACUGAUUUACACCGGUUUCUUACCGAUACCUGUCAGAGCAAGAUAUAAUUAACCUCUUUAAAUUAAUUUGAAAUUUCGUUAUACUCAGAUAUUAAAAAUGUAUGUAACAUAUUAUAUUUUUUUACCUUUUAUAAAAUUCAAAUUCAUAUAUUUCUGGUAACACAUAGUUAAUUUGAACUAACACGUUAUAAUUAAUUGCAUACCUACACUAUAAAAUAAAAUAGCAAGAAUAUUUUUUAUAAAAUGUCAAGUUAUAUCCCAACGAGUUAGACCAAGAGCCAGUAACUCAAAUAAUCAAUUUUGUUACAUUUUUUCUUAUUGACGUUACCUUGCUGGCAAGGGAAAAAAACGACUUGGAGUUGCUGGCUUUAAUGAAAAGGAAUUAUGUAUUACAAACGUCAAACAUGAAAUCAUGUCAGGUGUACUUUAAAAUUAAACGUAAAUUGUAUCGUUCUUUUUCUUUUUCUCCGUUUCCCAAAAACGUGUAGCGAAAGGGAUAGAACGAUAAGAUAAUGUUUGAUGCAGUUUUUUUUAUGGAACUGAAUAAUACAUAUGUACCUACACUACUUACAUGUAAGGUAGCAACGAUUAGAUAAGUAUUACUAAUGAACUUUACAAUGUCAAGGUAGCCUUUGAUAACAAUAAAACAUUUUUUCUUAA